AGGCUGCAGCUGCCCUGUCCAGGCGCACCCUCGGCACACUACAGAAGCUUCCUGUGCCCAUGGGGCCUUCUCAGCCUGUCCGUGCCCCUCGGCCCCGGGGCCUAAGCUCCCCCUACCGUAGGCCAAGGCUAGGCUGGCCUCGGCCUCGAUUUCCAAAGAUGUUCAAGCGUAGCCGCAGAACGUACCGGCAGAAACCCCAAGGCCCAGCUGCCACCCCUGCAGCCACCAAUCCUGCCACUGUGGCCACAGAUAUCAACGACACUCCUACCGCCACCACCAGUGUGUGGAUCCUUCCGCCACAAGUUCUCAGACACCUCUGUCAACCUGGCAGCUUUCUGAUCUUCUAGAAAUGUCCAGAAACUAGUCCAGAAGCUUGGCUGGCUCCAGACCUGCAUCUCCUAGGGGCCAUGGGUGGUUAACAGCAGGCAAAUACAAUCAUUUCUGUUGCAGCUGCUUACU